GGACUCUUGUGCAGGAAGGAACCUUGUUCAAUUUCAUCCGCUGCCUCUUGCUGUUCCAAGGAGACAGUGGCCAGAAGGAGAUGACCCCUGGUAAGAAGAUCCCCAUCUUUGUGGAUGGGGUUGUACUUAAUGGACCUCAAACAGAUGUGAAAGCUGGAGAAAAAUUUGUUGAAGAAGCCUGUAGGCUCAUAAUGGAAGAGGUGGUUUUGAAAGCUACGGACGUCAAUGAAAAGGUAUGUGAGUGGCAGCCCCCUGAGCAGCUGAGGCAGCUCCUUGACCUGGAGAUGAGGGACACAGGCGAGUCACAGGACAAGCUGCUGAAACUCUGCCAAGACGUCAUCCACUUCAGCGUCAAAACCAACCAUCCAAGAUUUUUCAACCAGCUCUAUGCUGGCCUUGAUUACUACUCCUUGGCGGCCCGGAUUAUAACAGAGGCGCUGAAUCCAAGCAUUUAUACGUAUGAGGUGUCCCCAGUGUUUCUGUUAGUGGAAGAGGCGGUUCUGAAGAAAAUGAUUGAAUGUGUUGGCUGGAAAGAAGGGGAUGGAAUAUUUAACCCAGGUGGCUCAGUGUCCAAUAUGUGUGCAAUGAAUUUAGCUAGAUACAGACAUUGCCCUGAUAUCAAAGAGAAAGGCCUGUCUGGUUUGCCAAGAUUAAUCCUUUUCACAUCGGCAGAGUGCCAUUACUCCAUGAAGAAAGCGGCCUCCUUCCUUGGGAUUGGCACUCAGAACGUGUACUUUGUAGAAACAGAUGGAAGAGGAAAAAUGAUACCGGAGGAUCUGGAAAAACAAAUUUGGCAAGCGAGACAAGAGGGGGCGGUGCCAUUUCUUGUCUGCGCCACCUCUGGUACCACCGUGCUGGGCGCAUUUGACCCCCUGGAUGAGAUUGCUGAGGUCUGCGAGAGGCAUGGCCUCUGGCUCCAUGUGGAUGCCUCUUGGGGCGGCUCAGCUUUGGUGUCAAGAAAGCACCGCCGGCUCCUGCAUGGCAUCCACAGGGCUGACUCAGUGGCCUGGAACCCACACAAGAUGCUGAUGGCGGGAAUCCAGUGCUCUGCUCUACUUGUCAAGGACAAAUCUGAUCUUCUUAAGAAGUGCUACUCUGCCAAAGCAACGUACCUGUUCCAGCAGGAUAAAUUCUAUGAUGUCAGCUAUGACACCGGAGACAAGUCCAUUCAGUGCAGCAGGAGGCCUGAUGCAUUCAAGUUCUGGAUGACCUGGAAGGCUCUGGGCACAUCAGGACUCGAGGAGAGAGUAAAUCGUGCCUUUGCUCUAUCUCGGUACCUGGUAGACGAAAUCAAGAAAAGAGAAGGCUUCAAGCUGCUGAUGGAGCCUGAAUAUACCAAUGUUUGCUUUUGGUACAUUCCACCGAGUCUCAGAGAGAUGGAGGAAGGACCAGAGUUCUGGAGAAAGCUUAGCUUGGUGGCCCCAGCCAUCAAGGAGAAAAUGAUGAAGAAGGGAAGUCUGAUGUUGGGCUACCAGCCCCACCGGGGGAAGGUCAACUUCUUCCGCCAGGUGGUCAUCAGCCCUCAAGUGAGCCGGGAAGACAUGGACUUCCUGCUGGAUGAGAUAGACAGCCUGGGGAGAGAUAUGUAGCCAUGGCUUUCUUACCCCCAAUGGCACCACUCCUGUCCUGGGGAGGGUCACAGAUCCAGUGCGUCUGAAGACACACUAGGUAGAUGACAAUCCUGGUUCGAUUAGGAAACAUGUCCACUCCCCCCCUCCCCCGAAAACCAAAAUGCUAAGCAAAUAGUCCUAAGGGCUCUUUGGCUGCCUGCUGCUGCUGUUUGUAUCAUGGAGAAAGUAGAUGUAAUAAAAAAUUAUUCCCUCAAAUAUUAUCCUUGGAAACAACCCCGGGGAGACUUUAGGCAGUGCCAUGUGGAUGGAAACGGGAUUGUAAGUCCCAUUGCUCUUUAGAAAACAAAGAAACACCACGUGGAGCUUACAGCAGUGAACUCUAGUGUGGCCCCUGUGCCACCAGCAUCAGCACCAUCAGGGAUUUACUGAAAACACAAAUUCUCCAGCCUUACCCCACACUACCUGAACCUCUAGUUCCAGCAUCCUGAGGUUUAAUCAGCCCAAGAGGUGAGUCUGAUGCACAAUGCAUCCUGAGAAACAAUGAUCUAGUAAAAGCCUUUACAGAUGUUUUGCCCCCUAAAAGACAUGUGAUAUUUCAAUAGCCCUCAAUCAGUCUUUGAAAAAUACAGCUGUGGCAUUUGUGCUACAAAUGUUUAGGGAGUCUGAAACAACUGGAACAUGUCAAAGAGGUACACAGACCACAUCUCCUCUCUCUCUCUCUCUCUCUCUCUCUCUCUCUCCCUCCCUCCCCUCUCUCUCUCAAUCUCUCUCUCUCUCUCUCUCUCUCUCUCUAUAUAUAUAUAUAUAUAUAUAUAUAUAUAUAUAUAUAUAUAUAUACAUAUAUAUAUAUAUAUACAAAGUGUGGGCUUGUUGUUCAGUCACUUUUUACUAGGUAAUCAUGGAAACUCAAUAGCCACACUUCAGGUCCCACUGUGCCUUUAGUGAGACAUGGCAGUUUCUUGGUUGAUAGAAAAUACCACUGGGGUCACUGGGGUGAGAUAGUUUGCAAUCCCCUUAUAUUAUAUUUGUUUGCUUGUUGAAAUAUUCAGAUACACACACACACAUACACACACACACACAUACAUACAUACAUACAUAUAUAUAUAUAUAUAUAUAUAUAUAUAGAGAGAGAGAGAGAGAGAGAGAGGGAGAGAGAGAGGGGGGGAGAGAGGGAGAGAGGGAGAGGGAGAGAGAGGGAGAGGGAGAGAGAAACUAUGCAUGUAAGAUUCUUACUGCCUAAAGAUGUAUGUUUUAUUUGGGCUGAAGGUUUUGUUUCAGGAGUCAGAAUGAAUCACUAUUCUAAUUCAUCUGCAUUAUAAAUUAGGAUAGAAACCAAACAGUUUUGAUAAGAGAUUAAAAAGCAUCAAUCCAUUCAAUCCAUUUCUCCAGGCAUGAUAUUGGAUGGGAACAAACACUGCACGUCUGUGUGGGUCUCUGUCCCUCUUUUAGGUUCGGGAAUGCAUUUCUUAUCUUCACUCUUGGCUUUGUAGAGAAUAGAUUAAUUCCAGAAGCGAAGUCCAAGGUUGUACAACAUUCUGUCUCUCAAACUCUCUCUGCAAUGUUUGUUAGAGUUUUCGGUGGCCUAUCUUGCUCAGAGACUCUAGAGUCGGAGACCUCUCUGUGCCGGUCCCCUGCUGUUCCCAGAAGGGGGUGACUGCAACUCGCUCUGGGGCCAUCACCUUAGAUUUAUUUCUGGGUGGGGGUGGUUCUUGACUAAGAACAGAGAUGAUUCACAGGUGACAUAGAUGAAGGCUGUAUGUUGAGAUUUGCCCAGGUGUGGGGCUGGCGAUCACUCAUGCUGGAUCACUAACUCCUGACAUUUAAAAUUUGAGAAACAGCUGUGUACUGCGUAGUGCGCACCAAACAUCGUCACUGUAGACUGUGCAGUCGGUCACUGUCUUGACUCAUGAGGGUAUUUUCACUUCAUUUUCUGGGUUACCUCAAACUCCCUGGCGGAGGGAGCUAUCUGUUCAUGAUUUGAUUCUUGUCGCCUUUAAAAAAUUGUUCUACAUAAAACGCUCCUAAGACCGAUGCUAGAAAUAAGUUGGAUUUCAUGAAAUAAAAAGCUCUGUCAGCACUGU